CGAAAAGGAUCGGACCACUCUUAUAUUCUGACACGCUGCAUUCACUAUUGAUAUCAGGAUUUAAACGGACCACUCAAUCGGCUCGUACCUUUCUCCCUUAUCGUCCUGGAUCGCGACAGGUAUCGGAAAAUGAGCUCCCCUGCUGUCCUCGCCGCUCGCGCUGCUCUUGCCAGCAUCGACCUGACCAACUAUGAUCCCGAACAGUCGAAGCUCAUGGAUGAGAGAUGUAUUCUUGUAGAUGAAGAAGACAACGCCAUCGGUGCUAUGGACAAAAAGACGUGUCAUCUAAUGGAUAAUAUCAACAAGGGUCUGCUUCACAGAGCCUUCUCUGCAUUCGUCUUCCGUCCUUCAGAUGGAAAGCUGCUGCUUCAACAACGGGCGACCGAGAAGAUCACAUUCCCGGACAUGUGGACUAACACCUGCUGCUCGCAUCCCUUGGACGACUUUGAAGCCGAAAAGGUGGAGAAAGACCAGUUAGGCGUCCGAGUGGCGGCAUCCAGGAAGCUGUACCACGAGUUGGGCAUCCCCCAGAGCCAGACUCCCAUCGACGAAUUCCAAUAUCUUACUCGUAUUCAUUACCUUGCCCCGUCGGACGGCAUCUGGGGCGAACAUGAAGUGGACUACAUUCUGUUCCUUACUGCCGAUGUGGAUGUUACACCCAACUUGAACGAGAUCCGGGAUCACAAGUACGUCGACAAGGCAGAACUGCAAGCCAUGUUUGAUGACUCGGGAAAUUCGUUUACUCCUUGGUUCAAACUUAUUGCUCGAGAUUUCUUGUUCGGCUGGUGGGACGAGCUCCAUGCACGGAAAGGCCCCGAUGGCAGGGUCGUUGCAAAAAGUCUAGUAGGUUUGGUCGAUGGUAGCAAAGUCGUUAAGAUGGUAUAGGCAUAUAAUGAAGCUCGUAGAUAAUACACUGUUCAUCAAAAUAGAAUACUUUUCGAUA